CCGGGAUGCCCCGGCGGCCCGGAGCGCGGGCAGCGGCAGCGGCGACCACGCCGUGAGGGCGGCGGCGCCCGCGGGACCCGUGACUGCCAGGAACUGCUGCCAGCACCGACAACCCCUAUGGCCUACAUCCCUGGUGGGGGCGCCCCGGCAGCGGGGGCGGCCCCCAUGGGCUCCCAGUAUUGUGUGUGCAAGGUGGAACUGUCAGUGAGUGGCCAGAACCUGCUGGACCGGGAUGUCACCUCCAAGUCUGACCCCUUCUGUGUCCUCUUUACAGAGAAUGAUGGCAGGUGGAUUGAGUACGACAGGACAGAAACUGCCAUCAACAACCUCAAUCCCGCGUUCUCCAAGAAGUUCGUCCUCGACUACCACUUUGAGGAGGUGCAGAAGCUCAAGUUCGCCCUGUUUGACCAGGACAAGUCCAGCACACAACUCGAUGAGCAUGAUUUCCUGGGCCAGUUCUCCUGCAGCCUGGGCACGAUCGUCUCCAGCAAGAAGAUCACUCGGCCUCUGCUGCUGAUGAAUGACAAGCCUGCAGGGAAGGGCCUGAUUACGAUUGCUGCCCAGGAGCUGUCAGACAACCAGGUCAUCACGCUGAGUCUGGCGGGCAGGAAGCUGGACAAAAAGGACCUCUUUGGGAAGUCAGACCCAUUUCUCGAGUUUUAUAAACCGGGAGAUGAUGGCAAGUGGAUGCUGGUCCACAGGACUGAGGUGAUCAAGUACACGCUGGACCCUGUGUGGAAACCAUUCACUGUGCCAUUGGUGUCCCUGUGUGAUGGGGACAUGGAGAAGCCCAUCCAGGUCAUGUGCUACGACUAUGACAACGACGGAGGCCAUGACUUCAUCGGCGAGUUCCAGACCUCAGUGUCGCAGAUGUGUGAGGCUCGUGAUGGUGUCCCGCUGGAGUUCGAGUGCAUCAACCCCAAGAAGCAAAGGAAGAAAAAGAACUAUAAGAACUCGGGCAUCAUUAUCUUGCGUUCCUGCAAGAUAAACCGGGACUACUCCUUCCUGGACUACAUCCUGGGAGGCUGCCAGCUCAUGUUCACGGUUGGGAUAGACUUCACAGCCUCCAAUGGGAAUCCUCUGGACCCUUCCUCUUUGCACUAUAUCAACCCCAUGGGCACCAACGAAUAUCUGUCAGCCAUCUGGGCUGUCGGGCAGAUCAUUCAGGACUAUGACAGCACCUGGCAGUUUGUCCUUCACACAACAGCCAGGGGAUUCCUCAAUAUUGAUAAGAUGUUUCCGGCUCUGGGCUUCGGGGCCCAGUUACCCCCAGACUGGAAGGUCUCCCAUGAGUUUGCCAUCAACUUCAACCCUACCAACCCCUUCUGCUCGGGUGUCGAUGGCAUCGCCCAGGCAUACUCGGCCUGCCUGCCCCACAUCCGCUUCUACGGCCCCACCAACUUCUCACCCAUCGUCAACCACGUGGCUCGGUUUGCAGCCCAGGCCACACAGCAGCAGACAGCCACGCAAUACUUCAUCCUUCUCAUCAUCACCGACGGCGUCAUCAGUGACAUGGAGGAGACGCGCCAUGCCGUGGUGCAGGCUUCCAAGCUGCCCAUGUCCAUCAUCAUCGUGGGCGUGGGCAAUGCCGACUUCGCUGCCAUGGAGUUCCUAGACGGGGACAGCCGCACACUGCGCUCCCACACGGGGGAGGAGGCCGCCCGCGAUAUCGUGCAGUUCGUGCCCUUCCGAGAGUUCCGCAACGCGGCAAAAGAGACGUUGGCCAAAGCUGUGCUGGCGGAACUACCCCAACAAGUUGUGCAGUAUUUCAAGCAUAAAAACCUGCCCCCCACCAACUCGGAGCCUGCCUGAGCGCCAGCCCGUGCCCAGCCGCAGCAUGCCGGCUGGGCCUCCCGCCCUCUCCAGGAACGUGCACGCUCACCCUGCUUCCUUGUGGGUGGCUUUUUUAACCAUUUUUUUUUUUUUUUUUUUUUUUUUUACAACCGGACCUCCACCCCCAACUUCCCCCAGCCCAGCUGGGCUUCCUUUGUUGGAGUCGACUGAUGAUGCUUCCGGGCCAAACUGGCUUCCUCCCUACCCUUAAGUAUUGAAUGUACUUUGUAUAAUUUUAGUGGAAUUACUGUUAUUAAAGAGAAAAUUUUUACAAUCAUAACUGGCUUUUUCCAAGUAACUAGCUGCAGACUCUGAAAGGAAUGUGUCCCCAGUGCAUACUUUGUGUCAUUGCCUGCACCUAAUUCCUGCUCUGUUUUUUUAUACUGUGACUGUGUUCUAUUUGUAAUACUCAGGGUAAUAAAGGAGUUUCAGAUGUUCCUGUGUCCUCUCCUUCCUCAGCUGGGACCUGAUGGGCUCACUGAUCUGGGAAAGGAAACACGAAAACCUCUUUCUCCCAACAAGCCCGGCAAGAUGGUGCAAUCAUUUCUACUUAAGGGGGGGGGGGGGGGGCAGGG